AUGAUUAUUUUAUUAUUCUUUCUGUUUUCCAGCGUAAACCGCCAGAUCGCGCCCUUGUCUUCGAAUUCUCUCCGAUCUUCCUAUUCAGCUUCCAACGCAUCCGCCACAGAUAGUCACAGCCCCCACCCAUACGCCGCAAUGCCUCCUGCUCCUUUACCUGUUGUAUCAAACAAUGAACAUAUCGACGACGAACAAGAAUGUCCUGUAUGUCUUGAGCCCUUGAGCUUUAGCUUCAGACUUCCGGGAGAAAAGCCCCAUGUAGUACCAGAGUGUGGUCACUCUCUUCACGAGGCAUGUUUUACCGCUGUGUAUGGUCCUCCACCAGGGCAAGCCCGCCCUGCAGUGCCUCGCAAAUCAAAUCUCGGCGUCUGCGGUGUUUGCAGACGACCCAUGAAAAUUGGCGACGGAGACGGUAGCAAAAAUAAUAAACUCGCCGCUCUAACUGGCAUGGGCAAUCCCCAUUCCCCUGCAGUCUAUCCUGGCCGUGAUCAAGGCUCACGCUCUCGACACAGCCCAGUGCCUCAACAACCCUACGAUCCCACAGAUGAUGACCCAAUAGACCACGCCAUCUCAGUCAAGUCAGCAAGCGAAUCACACUACGUCGUCGCACCUUCAAUCCAAGUCCGCCCCGAAUUUUCUUCCAUCACCCGGAAUGGCGAAACUUGUCAACCUUUGACCUGCAUUGUUGUAAUCGAGUUACCUGCCAGGCGUGGAACAACUCAUGUUCCGGGUCCUGUCAUGGCCGAUGCAUACGGUUCUCGGAGUGCUCACACGCUCACUCGAAAUGAUACUGUAACAGAGCUGCCUCAUCCGUCCCAAAAUGAUACCUUGCGACGCCCAUCCCAAACUCAACGCUAUGAUUCAUAUGCCGAGCCAUGGUCAGCUACCACCGAGUCUUCCCGUUAUAGGCCAGGCCCGCCAGCGGAGGAAGAGGGCGAAGAAUCGUCACCUUUCAAUGCUAUCGUUGAGGAUUUGCGCAACCGGAUAAUAGAUUGGAAAGGUCACGCGUUGUCUGGCCUCGGCCCAUUGCAAAUGUAUGACAUGCUGUCCGUCCGCCGAGAUGCUCUUGUGCGGGAGUUCUUCGUGUACCUUUUUAAGGAAGCCAUCAUUUGCGUUGUAGAGGAGAAAAAGCGGUCUCUUGGCCGGUUCCUGUCGUCACCGGCUUUCAACGACGCUUCGACUUCCGUUUCAGGCUCAAACAACCAGUCCAACAAGGGUGUCCUACGCCUCAAGGGUCGCAUUUAUGUGCGACAUAUCAAGCGUAUCACUGCGAGCACAAGCGGGGAAAUGAGCCUCACGAUUGAAAUGGAAGAUGAGCGACUCGACUCCUUCAUCCUCGUUUUCAAAGAUCGCUCUUCCUUGGAUGCGUGGAAGAGCCAGAUCCAGGGCCUAGUAAACUCCUUCCAGAAUCAAUCAUCGCCGCCGCAGCCGCACAUUGACCGUGGCCUGGACAUGGAUGAGUUCGGGGGUUCAGAAAAGGCUGCGCGGAUGCUUAGCGGGAGCACUACAUCUACAGCACCAAGCACAGACGAUGUACUCUCGCACUAUGAGACGCAUCCUCCAGGCAUGGUCACACCACAUGUAUCUGCUGGACCCUCCAAUUCACUUGCUCCCCUCCCACAUCCGGCACUUGAUCUCAUUCUUAUCGUGUCGCUCCCUCCACCCAGUGCUCCCCGCAGCACCGCGGCGCUUAAGCUCCGCGUCAUCAAGACAUCGCUGGACUUUAUUCUCGCUUCUCUCGGAACCAAGGACCGUUUGAGUCUUGUCACUUUUGAAGUAGGACCUGGCGGACGUGUGCGCAAGACACCUUACCUUUGCGUUGGUAAGGCGUUCAGCCGAGGGAGGCUGUCCAAAUUCAUUGAUGAAAUCGGACGUCCGGACGACGGACAACAUGACGAAUUCUUGGUAAGGGCUUCCAAAGAGGAGAAGACGGACGUUGUGACUGCGGUUAACCAUGGUCUCGAUGUUGUGCUUCAACGCAAAGCUCGCAAUGCUAUCUCGGGGAUGAUCCUGGUGAGCGAUGCUGCAGACAGCACGAGACGUGCACAAAUGGAUCUUGUUCUUGCCCGUGCCGAAGCUGCAAACAUGCCCAUUCACUCAUUUGGCUAUGGUCGCUCGCACGACCCUGCUUCGCUAUGGCUCAUGUCAAACCACACUAGUGGGACAUACACCUUCGUCAAGGACUGGUAUGACCUCCGUACCUGUCUCGCUGGCUGUAUCGGCGGCAUGAUGUCCAUUGGCCUGCUUAACAUGAAGCUGCACAUGAAGAUCGUCGACGGUCAACGUUUCCGCAUCCGCAAGGUCUCUGGUGGGCCCUCAUCCAUCCUCUCUACGGAUGGCCAUAACGUCGACAUCGACGUUGGCGAGCUUCGCUAUGGCGAAUGCAAAGAGAUGCUCAUCGAGUGUGAGCUCGACAACAACGAGACUCGCCGUCCUGCGCAGAACGGUAAUCGCGCGCUCAAUGCCACGGAUCAGUUUGUGCAAAGCAUGGGUCUUGAUUCUAUGACCAUUGAUGAUGGUGCUGAUCUCGUGGACGGCAUGAUGGAUCGGAUGAUUGAUGAGGUUCCGGUACUCGAGGUCGACGGGUCUUUCUAUGAUCCCAGCACGUCGAAACAUGUUUCACGCCUCGCACAUCCCGUCCUUUUGACGAUCACUCUCCUUCCUCAAGCUACUACUCCUUCACCCAAGCCAGUCAAACCAUCAGAUCCAGUGAUCGUCCGGCGCAGAAUGGAACUUCUCGCAUCUGACAUGAUCACGCGCGCUCUUGUCCUCGUUUCGAGAAAGAACUACCCUCAAGCGCAGAAGAUCAUGAAUGAGACCAAACGCAUCCUGCACACUGUGCUGCAAAGCAUCUCUAAAACACUUCCUCCGCCCAAUACCGAAGGCACGACGAUGCGUAACCGCAAGGAUAUCCUCACUCUUGCUGCGGUGCGUGCGAUGCAGGCCAUGCUCCAAGACCUUCAGAUUUUGGCGGAGGCUUUAGAAGAAAAUGUCGAGCUGUUUGCGCAUGACCAGCGGAAUUUUGGUGCACAGCAGGCCAUGAUAUUGCGCGACCAGAAGAGCUGGAACGGACGCAGCGCCACAGAACGCCUGUUCUGGACCGUCGACAACUCCGUAGAGCUGGUUUCUCGGAGUACUGAUUGGGUAGCGCGCGACUGA